AAUGAGUGGCAACAUACAAAGAUGCCAACCCUGGAUGACAUUUUAGAGCAGAUUGGAGAAUUUGACUUCUUUCAGAAACAAACCCUCUUUGUGCUAUGCCUGCUUUCUGCUGCCUUCACCCCAGUGUACGUGGGUAUCUUCUUCUUUGGGUUCAUCCCCGAGCAUCGCUGCUUCAGCCCCGGGGUGGCUGAGCUGAGCCAGCGCUGUGGCUGGAGCCUGGAGGAGCAGCUGAAUCUCACGGUUCCUGAGUGGGGCGGCCACGGGGCCAGUUUCAGCAGCCGCUGCAGGAGGUACGAGGUGGACUGGAACACGACGGGCGUCAGCUGCACCGACCCCCUCGGCAGCCUCGUGGGCAACCGGAGCACCGUCCCUCUGGGUCCCUGCCGGGAUGGCUGGGUCUACGACUCACCGGGAACCUCUCUUGUGACUGAGUUUAACCUGGUGUGUGAGGACUCCUGGAAGCUGGACCUCUUCCAGUCAUGUGUGAAUGCUGGGUUUUUUAUUGGCUCCAUGAGCAUUGGCUACAUAGCAGAUAGGUUUGGCCGCAAACACUGCCUCCUGGUCACAGUCCUGGUCACUGCUGUCUCAGGGGUUCUCAUGGCCUUUGCACCGAGCUACAGCUGGACAGUCACCUUCCGCCUGGUGCAGGGACUGGUCAGCAAGGGGGCCUGGCUGACAGGCUAUGUCCUCAUUGCAGAAUUUGUUGGCUCAAACUACCGGAGGGCAGUGGGCAUCACUUACCAGCUUGCAUUCAGCGUGGGACUCCUUGUCCUCACUGCCCUGGCGUACGCGCUUCCGCACUGGAGGUGGCUCCAGCUCACAGUCACACUGCCCAAUUUCUUCUUCCUGCUCUACUACUGGUGUCUGCCUGAGUCUCCCAGAUGGCUCAUAGCUCAAAAGCAAAAUGACAAAGCUAUGGAAGUUAUUAAGCAGAUCGCCAAGGGAAAUAAGAAGAAGCUGCCUGUCUCUUUCCAGAAUCUCAGCUCUGAAGAUGAAGAUGGAGAAAAGCUGAAACCUUCAUUUCUAGACCUGCUCAGAACACCUCAGAUCAGAAAACACACAUUCAUUUUGAUGUACAGUUGGUUCACAAGCUCUGUCCUCUACCAGGGGCUCAUCAUGUACAUGGGAGUAGCUGCUGGGAACAUGUAUCUGGAUUUCCUCUAUUCUGCACUCGUCGAGUUCCCUGCUGCCUUCAUCCUCAUGCUAACACUGGACCGUGUUGGGCGUCGCUACCCCUGGGCUGUGGCAAAUGUGGUGGCAGGUGGUGCUUGUCUCCUUACAGCCUUAGUCCCACAGACUCUUAAUUGGCUUAAAAUGACUGCAGCUUGCUUGGGCAGGAUGGGCAUUACCAUGUGCUAUGAAAUAAUUUGUGUGGUAAAUCCUGAGCUGUAUCCAACAUUUCUCAGGAACCUAGGAGUCCUCGUCUGCUCAUCCAUGUGCGACCUGGGUGGGAUCAUGACCCCCUUCCUUGUGUACAGACUGGCGGAGAUCUGGCACGAACUGCCCCUAGUCAUCUUUGCUGUGAUUGGUUUAAUUGAUGGUGGCUUGGUUUUGCUCCUGCCUGAGAUGAAGGGAAAGACUCUACCCGAGACCAUUGAAGAUGCUGAAAAUCUGCAUAGGCAAGAGAGAAGCAAAGAAAAAAAUAUUUAUCUCCAUGUUCUGAGUUCUGAAGCUGCCUGCAAGUAAGAAUCAUAGAAUUGUUUAAGUUGGAAGAGACCUAUAAGAUCAUCAAGUCCAGCUGUUAACCUAGCACUGUCCACCACUAAACCAUGUCCCUAAGCACCAGAUGUAAGCCCCUGUUGCUUCCCAGUUAGUCCUUUCUUACUGACAAAUAAGUACAAAAAAUAAGUACAUCUAAGCCCAGGCUGGCUUUGAAGCUUUUGAAUCCCAGAAUUUUCCUGUAUAUUACGUAAGCUGGAAAAUGAAAAAGAAGACAAAGAAGAAGUGGAGGCAAUGAAGCCUCACAAUGUGGGGGGCUGUGUGCAGGUACAACAUUAUUAGGGAUCUGUGAUGAGGCAGGGGGAGAAAGUGCCAUCAUGGACAUGCACUGGGAGCAGCAUGAACAAAACAGGAUGCUGUUCAUAUUAAAACAUAUUCAUGUUUGUGUUUAUG